AUGGUGCCAUUACCAGCACAUUGGGUUGUGGGUAAUUUGACGGAGGAGGAGAGGGAGUUCUGGCUGCAGCCGUCUGGUGAGAAUUACAGGCCGUGUUUGGAUUUUGCGAUUGCUUAUCGAAGGGAGUCGGCGAGGGUUACGAAGGAGAAGAGGAGGUUUCUUGUGGUGGUCGUUUCGGGGGGAUUGAACCGGGUGAGGAAUCAGAUUGUCGAUGCGGUUGUGAUUGCGAGGAUUCUUGAGGCGGCGUUGGUUGUGCCGGUUUUGCAGGUUGAUCACGUUUGGGGAGAUGAAAGCGGAUUUUCAGACAUAUUUGAUGUUGAACACUUCAUAAGGACUCUACAAGCUGAUGUUCGAGUUAUAUCAUCUCUUCCUUCCACUCAUUUGGUUUCAAGGCAAACUGUUGCAACUCAACUUCCACACCAUGUUCAUCCACUUUGGAUUCGCGCCCGAUUCCUCAAACAACUUAAACAAGAAGGUCUUCUUGUACUAAAAGUGUUAGAUUCCAAGCUCUCGAAAAGUCUGCCACCUGAUCUUCAAAAGCUUCGAUGCAAGGCUGCCUUCCAUGCCUUAAGAUUUGCAGCUCCAAUUUGGGAGCUUGGAAAUAGGCUGGCUAGGAGGAUGUGGAUUGAAGGUCCAUACGUUGCCCUGCAUAUGAGGCUAGAGAAGGAUGUGUGGAUCAGAACCGGAUGUCUCACAGGUUUAGGUUCACAAUACGAUGCCAUUAUACGAAGGGAUAGGGAUUUGCAGAGUAAAUUCCUCACUAGGAGUUUCAACAUGAGCCACAUUCAGAGGAGGCUAGCCGGACUUUGUCCUCUAAAUGCCUUGGAGAUGGCAAGACUCCUCAAGGCCCUAGGAGCACCGAAGGCAGCCCGGAUUUACAUUGCAGGAGGAGAGCCGUUUGGGGGCGCCUUGGCUCUGAAGCCGCUUGUGGAAGAAUUCCCAAAUGCGGCAACAAAGGAGACGCUGGCACGAGAAGGCGAGCUUGUGCCGUAUGUGAACAGAUCAUCAGUUUUAGCAGCCAUUGACUACAUUGUUUCGCUGAGCAGUGAUGUGUUUGUACCUUCUUAUGGCGGUAACAUGGCUCGAGUGAUGCAGGGGCACCGUGCGUAUGUGGGACAUGGGAAAUUCAUAAAGCCUAACAAACGGUUGAUGCUUCCAUUUUUCGAAGAAGCUGCAGUUUCUGAUGCAGAGUUCAGCAGCAUGAUGAAGAAGCUGCACCUGAAUUUGCACGGACAGCCUGAAUUGAGGACUAACGAUAGAGCACGGGAUGUGGUUGCGUACCCAGUACCCGAGUGCAUGUGUAAGCACUGAAGCAGAUCCCAUACAAUGUUGUU